AUGAAGCUACAUACAGCAAUAAGCAUAACUUUCAUGGCAAAAGUUCUGGCGACCCACUCUGAGAGAACAGAGGCAAAUGCCUGCUACCCGGUGAAGCAAGCAUGCCUGCCUGGCAAUAUCCCCAGAGACUCCUGCACAGAAAGCAGCCAGCAUCCAGCGAAGGAAGAGCAGGCUCCCAGAAAAGUUUCAGAACUCGACGAUGCAGGCCUGCAUUCAAGCCUGCUCCAGAUGGUUCUCUCUGAAAUUACAAGAAAAAUACCCGUAUACGAUGGGCCCGUCUCAGAGCCUGUGCAACCUUUAGCAAAUCCUGCAACACCCGCAGAAAAAGAGCCAGUGCCCAUGCGCGCCCUGGAGAAAGAGCCUAUGGAUUGGCCCAUAAUUCAGCCGAAGGAAGUACAUAUGCAGGCACAGAGCCACACAUAUAUACCAUAUGAGAGUAAGAGUACAUCCGUAGAUUAUACACUGAAAGAGAAGGCUCCAGUAGGUUAUGCAUAUACACCGAAAGACAAGACUCCAGUAGAUUAUACACUGAAAGAGAGCAACACUUCAGUAGGUUAUGCAUUAAGAGAGAGUAAGAGUCCAUCCGUAGGUUAUACAUUAGCACCAUAUGAGAGCAAGACUUCAGUAGAUUAUAUUCCGAAAGAGAAGGCUCCAGUAGAUCAUGCAUAUACACCAUAUGAAAGCAAGAGUCCAUCCGUAGUAGAUUAUAUUCCGAAAGAGAAGGCUUCAGUAAAUUAUGCAUAUACACCAUAUGAGAGAAAGACUCCAGUAGAUUAUACACCGAAAGAGAAGACUCCAGUAGAUUAUGCAUUAAGAGAGAAAAGCACGAAGGAUAGGGCAGUUAUUCCGGGCAGGAUCAGGAGGAUGCAGAAGCAGCUGGAAGAGGCUUACGAAGAAUUGAAGGCGCAGAUGAGGGAGAUGAUAGAGGCGAUACAGGCGGACAAGUCAAAGCCACGCCUGGAAUUUUCAACCUGCAGGGGAAGGGAGCACAUCAACCGCGUGUCCAAUAUUUUCACAAUAUACUACUUAGCAGCGAAUAUGACGGAAAAUACUUCCUUUGCACCAGAAAACGCAGAAUCCCCGGGAGAGUCUGAGAAGCUUCUGAGCGACAGAAUGGCUGGAUUCCUGUGCAUUUUCCACUGCCUCCUAGGGCUCAAGACCAUGAACACCAUCGAAAUACAAAACAUCCGAGAGUUCAUUACAAUACACUAUUCCGACAUGUACCCAAUAACAGACAAGACGUGGGACAUCGUUUACUUAAGCUGCAGGGAGCUCAAGAAGCACAUUAAUGCAGCAGCCUGCAGCCUGCUAGAAGAUGCCAAGGAAAUCAGCAAGAAAGGCCUGGAGGAGGUUCUGGAGGCGGAGACAAAAAGCGAAAUCAAGCAGCGCUUCUACGAAAUAUGCAUUGACGCCAUACAGAUGGAGACGAUGCCUGACAAGACCAAGGUCUGA